AACUUACCAUUGAAGCGUAAAAGAAAUAAUGAAAAUAAAGCAAGCAACUCGGAAGUUCACUGCGAUCUUGCGGCUACAAUGUUCUCGAAGCCAGAAACAUUAGGUGUUGCCUGCAGUCUUGCAUCCAGAAUCGGAGAUGAUUUAUUGAUCAAUCCGGAAGGAAUAGUUGCUUCUUCUGGACAAGGACGUUCGUUAUUAGAAAAAGAUGGUAGAUGCCAAGUGAAUAAGGAAUCACCAGCAUCUUCGGUAAACUCAGUGACAGAAACUACUUUGACCAUGGUGAAAGUAGCCGAAUCGAUGGUUUGUGAUAAUUCAGAUGCGGGAAAGUGUAAGCUAGAUUCGGUGUCGGAUUCAUCAUCAGAUGUAAUCGCGCAGGCGUUGAUGCGUAGCGCUGAGGCUUUACAACGUCUUGCAGAACGAAAAUCAUUGUUUGAUCGCGCAACUAGUCUUCACGAUGCCGACGAAUGUUUUGCAGACUUUGUGUGUAGUUCACUAAAGUCAAUCGAUAAUAGUAGUCGAGUUCACGCACGCAUUGCAAUUCUUCAUGCUUUGGCCCAAUUUCAGAAGUAA